AUGGCAACGGCAAAAAAGGAAGAAGCGGCCAAAGGGGCCGCCGACCCCUCGAGGGACGACGAUCUCGACGACCUCGAUGAUGUCCUCGAUGAGUUCUCAAACAACGACGUGGGCAAGCCAGCGCCAGCACCAGAGCCGGAAGCGUCUUCGUCUACACAGGCGAGCGCGACAGCUGCGACAUCGUCUGCGAAUGGGGCGGCAGCCGCAGCUGCCAAGACGGGCGUCGAAGAGGGUGAUGAUGAUGACUACGACGAGGAAGCGCUCAACGAGCAAUUCCAAAAGGAGCUGGCUGCCGGCAUGGAGGCGCUCAUGAAAGGCCUGGGAGGAAGCCAGCAAGCUGGAGGCGAUGCAGGCCCUCCACCGCCCGAUGGAAACUUCAACGAGGAGGAGCUGGUCAAGCAAUUUGAGCAAAUGAUGGCCGGUAUGGGCAUCGACGAGCAAGGAGAAGCAUCGUCCUCGUCGUCGACCAAUGGGAAAGGAGCUGGGCCCGGGCCGUCGGCUGGGCAGCCAGCCAACUUCCAAGACGCCAUUCGAAACACCAUGUCGAGGCUGCGUGAGAGCGAUGCGUCGGCCUCGAGCUCCACGGGAGAACUCGGUGGGGAUGCGGAUCUCGAAAAGCUCAUGGCUGCGUUGGGAGGCGCAGGAGGUGAGGGGGCAGAGGGCGAGGAGGGACUGGCUAAGAUGCUGGAGAGCAUGAUGAGCGAGCUCAUGAGCAAGGACGUCCUCUACGAGCCCCUCAAAGAGCUCAGAGACAAGUACCCGCCAUAUUUGGCAAACCCGCCAGCGGCCAUCUCGGCGGAAGACCGCGUGCGAUACGAAGCGCAGUCGGGCAUCGUCACAGAGAUCAUCGCAACCUUUGACAAUCCCAAGUUCGACAACGGGACAGAAAGCGAAAAGAGGGAGCUCAAGAACAAGGUGCAGGAGCUUAUGAACGAGAUGCAAGACAAGGGCGCGCCGCCGAACGAGAUUGUCGGAGACCUGCCUCCCGAGUUGGAAUCUCUGCCCGGUAUGAACGAAGAGAACUGCAGCAUCAUGUAAAUCGUCUUUUUGCUUCAUAAGGUGAGGAGAAUGGCCUUCUUGGGACCUACUCCACGUGACCACGCCUGUCAGAACAAGCGCGACAGACAGGCAGCCGUUCACUCGAACGCACGCAUCACGCACUUGUAGAGUCUACUUUGUCUGGAUGACCCAGACUCAAUCUGGAUGACACUGUUUGAGGAUCACAGGAUGUGUCUUUCUUGAUUCGACUUGCUUCUCGGCAUCAUGACUUCACGAUCAGGAUGGCGAACGUGGGACGAUCGGGGCAGGGCGCUUUUUCUCUUUAUCAGCGUGAACCCCCACGGAUCGCAAAACACUUUCGCACGGAUUCA